AUAAAAGAAAAGAAAAGAAAGGAUCAGUCCUUGAUAAUAUACUAGUACUAGAUAAAUCUUCACGUAUUUUUUUUUUUGAAGGAAUCUUCACGUAAUUCGCAUGCUGGCACCUCAUCAAAAGCAAAAUUCCAUCUUUGCCUUUGGCCACAAACAUAGUUUUAUAUUCCGGAGUAGUAGUAGCAGUAGCAAUCACAAUAUGUUCCUCAUCAAGACCACCACCGCCACCACCACCACCACCAGCACUAACGCCGUUUCCACGAAAGCCUCCCCUCCUUUCCUCCUCCUCCGUUCCCUCUCAAAACCCUCUUUCUCCUUCCCGAAACCCUCCUUUAAAUUCCCCUGUACCACCACCGCCUCCGACAGCAACCGUCCCAAUUCUCUCUUUUCAUCCCCGAGAAUGAGUUGGCUCAACAAGCUGGGUUUCGGGACGCGUACCCCGACCGAAUCCUCCAUGGACUCCUCGAUUGCCCAAGGCCCAGAUGAUGAUAUCCCCGCUCCCGGUCAGCAGUUCGCUCAAUUCGGAGCAGGUUGUUUCUGGGGUGUGGAGUUAGCGUUCCAGAGAGUGCCAGGUGUCACAAAAACAGAGGUCGGGUAUUCACAGGGAUAUCUUCACAAUCCCAGCUACGAGGACGUCUGCUCGGGGACUACUAAUCAUUCCGAAGUGGUGAGAGUGCAGUAUGAUCCCAAAGAGUGCAGCUUUGAUACUUUGCUCGAUGUUUUCUGGGCUCGCCAUGACCCCACCACUCUCAAUCGCCAGGGGAAUGAUGUUGGAACUCAAUACAGAUCGGGAAUUUACUUUUAUACACCUGAACAAGAGAAGGCUACACUUGAAUCCCGAGACCAACGUCAGAAGCUUUUGAACAGGAAGAUUGUUACUGAAAUUUUGCCUGCCAAGAAAUUUUACAGAGCUGAGGAGUAUCACCAACAAUACCUUGAAAAAGGGGGUAGAUUUGGUUUUGGGCAGUCUGCUGCUAAGGGUUGCAAUGAUCCCAUAAGAUGCUAUGGCUGAAAUGUUCAACCAUGCCGAGAGGAUACAUAAAUUACUACUUUUUAAAAGAAAAAAAGUCUACAUUAUGGUAUGUUUGUUAAUAGGUAGGUUGUGUUUCAGUUUGGUAAUUGAUCUUUGAUCUUGGCACCAUCAAUAUCUUGUUCGAGGAAUUUUUUUUUUUUUUUUAAUGUAUGUAGCUUCUGGGUAUGGAUUUUUUCCCGUGAUAGUAACGUGAAAACAAGUAUUUAUAAAUUUGGUAAACAUACAUAUCUCGUUUCCCAAAAUAUUUUUGGUGGUGUAUUUUCUUUUCAGACUCGAUCGGAAUCAGAUUACAGAAAUUUGCACUUGAUGAUGAAGGGGAAGGACUGCCAUCUUUCUUCAACUGAAGAAACUUUUCAGAAAACUGAGGGAUAUAUAUUCAAACGUAAGUUUUGUAGGCAUUUGGUUGCGAUGGGGCAGUUAUAUUAUCGUACGAAAUUUAAGGGGUAUGUAGGCAUUGUAACUAGGGUUUUAACUUUUAAAAAAGGGAAGGCAUUAGGCAGGGUUGCGUCCACCUGGGCGGGGAAGCCCCAGGGACUAACGGGAUUAUCACUUUCAGAAUCUGGCAUUCUUCUCUGUCUAUUGUAUGGUAGCUUACACAAACAUGCUCGGACUUGACACGUGUCCAAACAUCGUUGGACUGAUGGAUUAAGGAGGCCUGGUAUGAACUCGCUGGGGAGUUGGGAGAAAAUCUGGAAGCUAAAAGGAUCGGAUAGAUGGCAGUUCUUUCUUUGGAUGCUCAGGCAUGAUAAAUUGAUGACUCAAAGCGAGAAGAAAGGAGAGAGCUAGUACAAGAAGACAUCUGCCCAAUCCGCACGAAGUGCACGGAAACCACCAUGCAUGCUAUAAGGGAUUGUGAUUGGACAAAGCCUGUUUGGAGAAGUCUGGUAAAACCACAGCACUGGGAAGAUCAACUAUUAAAAAUUUCUCAUACUGUACUAUUGCAAUUGGCAGAGCGAGCAAAGCAAGUACUCGCAAAUGGAAUUGGAAAGAUGCCCAGGCAGGAAUGCUACAUCAAAUGGUGGCCGCCUUCAGAGGAUUCUGUGUAGGGAUGCCCCGCUGCCUACUAAUUCCCCCCGCCCCGCUACGAGGAAUUAUCAGAGAUGAGGCGGGUCAUUGGCUAGGAGGCUUCUCAGUGGGGCUAGGGACCGCUAGCAAUAUUCUAGCAGAGUUAUGGGCAAUCCUCAGAGACCUACAGCUAGCCUGGAGAAAGGAUACAGGAAAGUGAUUAUUGAAUCAGACUCCAAAGCAGGGAUGGGCUUGAUUGAGGUAGCGGAGGAAACAUCACCAUAUCAUAACAUAGUGCAACAAAUCAGAAUGCUGAAAAAGAAAGGAGUGAUCAUGCAGCUUUAAACAUGUAUGGAGAAAAGGCAACAAAUGUGCUGAUUGGUUAGCAAAAGAGGCAGCCCCAAGCCAAUGGAACCAGGGAUCAAUAGAUCCCCCACCAGAAAAACUUAAGGAGCUACCAGGUGCGGAUGUAACUGGGGUAGCUGCCCCAAGACUAAUUCCGAGUAAGAGGCCGUGCCCCUCCCUUGUAUCCAACUGAAAAAAAAAAAAUGGGAGGCCUGCUAUUGACGCGGACUGCAUUUCGAGAUACUGCUGCUGAUCUCCUUUGCUAUAAUGUUGAUAGUCGUGUGGUGGAAUCUGCAAUACCACUUAUUUCAUUGGUUAUGACUUGUGAAUGAGAUUUAUCUGUACAAAUCUGUAUUCCGCUCUCUCUGUUUAAUUUCGGGGCGAUUGGACUAAAUUUAGUUUCAAUCUGUUUUGUUUCUUUGGUGAGUUUGUCUGUGUUACAGGUAGAUAGAGCAUGGGUUGGCUGGCUGCUACUGAUGUUGAAGAAUGUCCGCAUGGAGGAGACUCACAUGUGAAGGUGCCAAAAUGGCCGAAGGAGUUGUUUUUGUGUAUAAAAUGUUGAUGGAUAUUGGAAAAUAUGUAUUCAAUAAUCUUUCCUAUGUUAAUACGUUAUUUUUCCAA